GGAACUUGUAGUUUCUACAGGAAGUGUUUCCUACCGACACUGUUAGGGGGAAAAGAGUUAAAAAAUUGCGCGCUAACGGCAGAUUAAUUGUAACUUUUCGGCUUUUAUGUUGUGGAAAGUGAAAUGGCUGACCCAGGGCCAAAUAAGGACAACAUCAGAGCUGGAUGCAAGAAAUGUGGAUAUCCUGGCCAUUUGACCUUUGAGUGCCGAAACUUUGUCAGGGUUGACCCACAGAAAGACAUUGUUCUGGACGUAAGCAGCACCAGUAGUGAGGAGAGUGAGGAAGACUUCACUGCAGCUCAGCGAAAUGAGAAGCUGAGGCGAGGUGUCCAGAAUCGCAGAGGUUCUGAUGAUGACAGAAAAAAGCGACGCAAGCAGAAGAAGAGCAGAGAUAGAUCGUCAAGAAAGAGGUCUGCAUCAUCAUCGAGUGAUGGGGGGACCACAAAGAAGAAAAAGAAAUGCAGCAGAUCUUGCUCAUCUGAUGAAGAUGAGAGGAGAAAGAAAAAGAAACUGAAAAGCCACAAGAAGAAGAGCAAAAAGCACAAAAGGGAAAACGAGAAGAAUCACAAGAAGAAACAGAAGAAGAAGAAACAUGAAUCAUCAUCCUCCUCUUCCUCAAGCUCCAGUGAAUCCUCAGACAGUGACUGAGACAAAUAAACUGUACAGGGUGCAGUGGUUUCAACAUGUUUAUCCUCCAGUACAUGACAGUGUGAUGUACAGACAUUGUGACAGUGAGGCAUCUCAUCCGGUCCAAAACAAGUCACACCCUGUUUAGACUGUGCAU